AUGGAAUUUCCUUCUUCUUUCACUAGUACUGAAAGAGCAUUUGUUCACCGGCUCUGUCAGUCUCUUGGGCUGAUAUCUAAAAGUAAAGGAAAAGGAGCAAAUCGAUACCUGACUGUAAGGAAGAAGGAUGGAUCAGAACUAACACGUGCGGUAAUGACUUGUUGCUUGGCUCCCAGCACGAAACAUGCUGUUCGGAGUUUAAUUCAGAGAUUUCCUGUCACAAAUAAAGAACGAACAGAACUUCUGCCAAAGACAGAGCGAGGAAGUGUGUGUGCUGUUGAAUCUGAAAACAGAGAAGUGAACAAGACAAGUGGACGACUUAACAAUGGUAUCCCCCAGGUUCCAGUGAAAAGAGGGGAAUCGGAGUUUGAUUCCUUUAGACAAUCACUACCAGUUUUUGAAAAACAGGAAGAAAUUGUCAAAAUAAUAAAGGACAAUAAAGUUGUUUUGAUUGUAGGAGAGACUGGAUCAGGAAAAACUACUCAAGUAUGUUUCUUUAAUGAAAUAAAAAAGAUAACAGUAUUUAUACAAAACUACUGCCAAUUUUGUAAUAUUUAUGUAAUAAGGGAUUUCUUUAUGCUCGUUUUAAGGCUUUUGUUUUCCUAUAUAGUUGAAAGAACAUUUAAAUGGCGCAAAAACCUGAAGUAUCUUUAUGAACUGUUCAAUAGGGUUUCUCCAAAGACACUGUUAACAUUUUGCACUAAUGGCAUACUACUUCGCACGCUAAUGGCAGGAGACAGCACUCUAUCAACUGUGACACAUAUUAUUGUGGAUGAAGUACAUGAGAGGGAUAGGUUCAGUGACUUCCUGUUAAUAAAACUGAGAGAUGUAUUGCAAAACCAGACUAAUUUAAAACUAAUUAUUUCUAGUGCUGCUCUAGAUGCAAAUCUCUUCAUCAGGUAUUUUGGAAGUUGCCCAGUAAUACACAUACAAGGAAGACCUUUUGAAGUUAAAGAGAUGUUUUUGGAGGACAUUUUACGAAGCACUGGGUAUACAAACAAAGAGAUGGUAAAGUACAAAAAAGAGAAGCAGCGAGAAGAAAAACAACAAAGCACUCUUACUGAGUGGUGUUCUGCUCGAGAAAAUAAUAGCAAACUGGAUGCUCAGAGACAAAGAUCUGUCCCAAGUGCAACUGAAGAGUAUAAUCUGUUGGAUGAUGGUGGUGACACAGUAUUUAAUCAACUGACUGAAAAAGAUGCGAAUUGCCUUGAACCAUGGCUAAUAAAAGAAAUGGAUUCUUGUCUUUCUGAUAUCUGGUUGCAUAAAGAUAUUGAUUCCUUUGCUCAGGUGUUCCAUCUCAUUUUAACUGAAAAUGUCAGUGUUGAUUAUAGGCACAGUGAAACCAGCGCGACUGCACUAAUGAUUGCUUCAGGGAGAGGCUUUCUGAGUCAAGUAGAACAACUGAUCAGUAUGGGAGCAAGUAUCCACUGCAAAUCAUCCAAUGGCUGGAUGGCUUUGGACUGGGCUAAACGCUUUGGACAGACAGAGGUUGUUGACUUGUUGGAGUCCUACAGUGCUUCAGUGGAAUUUGGAAAUCUGGAUGAAAGUUCCCUGGUCCAAACAAGUGGUAGUGACCUUAGUGCAGAGGACAGAGAACUGUUGAAAGCUUAUCAUCACAGUUUUGAUGAUGAAAAAGUGGAUCUGGACCUGAUUAUGCAUUUACUUUAUAACAUCUGUCAUAGUUGUGAUGCUGGAGCAAUUUUAAUAUUUCUUCCUGGCUAUGAUGAGAUAGUUAGCCUGAGGGACCGUAUUCUUUUUGAUGACAAGAGAUUUGCUGAUAAUGCUCACAGAUACCAAGUUUUCAUGCUUCAUUCAAAUAUGCAGACUUUGGAUCAGAAGAAGGUGCUUAAAAGUCCACCUUCUGGCGUCCGCAAAAUAAUUCUUUCUACUAACAUUGCAGAAACCAGCAUAACAGUCAAUGAUGUUGUAUUUGUUAUUGACUCAGGCAAGAUGAAAGAGAAGUCUUUUGAUGCACUGAGUUGUGUUACAAUGCUAAAAAUGGUGUGGAUUUCAAAAGCCAGUGCUAUCCAGAGAAAAGGCAGGGCUGGGCGCUGUCAGCCUGGAGUCUGUUUUCGUCUCUUCAGCAGGCUCCGAUUUCAGAAUAUGCUGGAAUUUCAGACUCCAGAACUUCUAAGAAUGCCGCUGCAGGAGCUUUGUUUACACACAAAACUUCUUGCUCCAAUUAAUUGUUCAAUUGUUGACUUUCUGAUGAAAGCUCCUGAUCCUCCACCAGCUUUAAUUGUGAGAAAUGCUGUGCAAAUGCUUAAGGUCAGCAGAGGAAUACAUUUAGAUGGGAAUUGUAUUUGGGAAGAUCUCACUGAACUUGGUUAUCAUCUCACUGAAUUACCAGUAGAGCCACACCUUGGUAAAAUGGUGUUGUGUGCUGUUGUUUUGAAGUGCCUGGAUCCUAUUCUUACUAUUGCUUGCACUCUUGCAUAUCGAGACCCUUUUGUCCUACCUACACUGGCCUCUCAAAAGCGUGCAGCCAUGCUGUGCAGAAAACGUUUUACUGCAGGAACUUUUAGUGACCAUAUGGCGCUUCUCAGGGCUUUCCAGGCAUGGCAGAAGGCGCGCAGUGAUGGCUGGGAGAGACCCUUCUGUGAAAGGUACUUCCUGUCUCAAGCCACGAUGGAAAUCAUCGUAGGAAUGAGAACACAGUUGCUUGGCCAGCUUAGAGCCUCGGGUUUUGUUAGAGCCAGAGGAGGAGCCGAUAUUAGAGAUGUUAAUACUAACUCUGAAAACUGGGCUGUAGUUAAAGCGGCCUUAGUGGCUGGGAUGUAUCCCAAUCUAGUGCAUGUAGACAGAGAAAGCCUGGUUUUGACUGGACCAAAGGAGAAGAAAGUGCGAUUUCAUCCUACCUCUGUUCUUAGUCAACCUCAGUAUAAAAAGAUUCCCCCAGCAAAUGGGCAAGCUGCAGCCAUUCAGGCGCUCCCUACAGACUGGCUUAUAUAUGAUGACAUGACGAGAGCUCACAGGAUAGCAAAUAUCAGAUGCUGUUCUGUUGUAACACCUGUCACUGUGUCACUCUUCUGUGGACCAGCUAGAUUACCGAGUAAUGCUUUGCAGGAACCUUCCUCCUUUCGAGGGGAUGGGGUAUCUAAUGAUAACAGUGAUAGUGAGAUGGAGGACAAAACAACUGCUAAUUUGGCAUUUCUGAAGCUAGAUGAAUGGCUCCAUCUCAAACUGGACCCUGAAGCUGCUGGUUUGCUGUUGCAACUCAGACAGAAAUGGCAUAGCUUAUUUCUGCGUCGUAUGCGAGCUCCUUCUAAACCGUGGUCUCAAGUGGAUGAAACAACUGUAAGAGCAAUUGUAGCUGUUUUAAGUACUGAAGAACAGUCUGCAGGUUUGCAGCAGCCUUCAGGAAUUGGUCAGAGACCAAGACCUUUGACUUCUGAAGAACUUCCUUUAGCAUCUACGUGGAGGUCAACCAACAGUAGAAAAAGCUCAGCAGAAACUGAAUUCUCUGAUGACUCCUCUAAUGCUGAAAAAGUUUUAAUGAAAUCUACGCCUCCCGCACUUCACCAGCCAAAGAAGUACAAAGAAAAAAACAUUCUGCACUCCAAACGAACUUCAGAUGACAGGUCAGAUCAAUCAUCAGUGAAGUCUACAGACAGCAGUAGCUAUCCUAGCCCCUGUGCUAGUCCUUCUUCUCCAAUAUCUGGAAAGGGUUCCAAAUCUCCUUCACCAAGAACAAAUAUGCCAGUUCGGUACUUUAUAAUGAAAAGUAGCAACUUGCAAAACAUUGAUAUUUCUCAGCAGAAGGGUAUAUGGUCUACUACACCAAGUAAUGAACGAAAAUUAAAUAGAGCCUUUUGGGAGAGCAGCAUGGUUUACUUAAUCUUUUCUGUUCAAGGGUCUGGACACUUUCAGGGUUUUGCUAGAAUGGCUUCAGAGAUAGGGUCUGAGAAAAGUCAAGACUGGGGAUCUGCUGGUUUCGGAGGUGUAUUUAAGGUGGAGUGGAUCCAAAAAGAAAGCAUUCCUUUUCAGUUUGCACACCAUUUGCUCAACCCUUGGAAUGACAAUAAGAAAGUACAAAUAAGCAGAGAUGGCCAGGAGCUGGAACCACAAGUUGGAGAGCAGUUGCUACAGCUUUGGGACCGUAUUCCUUUGGCGGGAAAAAACUCAACUGAUUGAGCAUGUCAAGUAAUGUGAUAGAGGUAGUUAUUUCAUGCAUUACUUGCUGUUUUUAUGAUAGAGGAAAAGAUAUCUAUAUACAAUGUAUCAUUACAGUACUGUCUUUCCUUUGUAGUUUGUGGAAGAACAGGUACACGUAGUACUAAAUAUUCUCUUCCUUUUG